AUGGAGCCAGGGGCCGCCGAGGAGGAGCUGUCCCGCUUCCCUGACGAGGAGCUGCUGCGCUGGGGGAAGGAGGAGCUGGUGAGGAGGCUGCGGAGGACCGAGGCCCAGAGGAGGGCGGUGAUGCUGGAGCACGGCAGCCUCAUGAGGGAGGUCAACCGGACACUGCAGAAGCACCUGACGGAGAUCCGCAGCCUCAAGGACGUGAACCAGAAGCUGCAGGAGGAUAACCAGGAGCUGAGAGACCUGUGCUGCUUCCUGGACGACGACCGUCAGAAAGGGAAGCGAGUGUCGCGGGAGUGGCAGCGCCUCGGCCGCCUCAGCGCUGGCAUCAUGCGCAAGGAAGUCACUGUGUAUCUGCAGAAACUACAGCAGCUGGAGACCAAGCAGAAGGAGGUGCUGCAGGAGAACCUGGAGCUCAGAGAGGUGUGUGCGAUGCUGGAGGAGGAGCGGGCGGCUGCUGCGGCUGCUGCGGCGGGUUGCAGGAGCUCCGUGGACAGUCAGAGCAGUCAGAGCGGAGCGGCGCCCGGAGCUCAGCGCGACGUUGGCGACGGCAGCAGCACGUCCAGCGCCGGCAGCAACGAUGGCGCCGAAAACCUGCACAAGACCAGCUCAGGACACAGCACACGGAGCGAAGACCCGAGAGAGAGAGGCCACAGCGUCUGCACGGACCCCGAACACCAACCACACGGGAGAGAUUACAAGAAUUUUGGCGGUUUCGGCAGACGUCACAGCUCCACUCCGGAUUACCACACGUUCCCUCAGAGCUGCCGGCCACGAGGAGGAUCGUUGUCGGAUUUGGAGGCGCCCGUUCCCGACAGACAUCAGCAGAGAGCGAGCGAGAGAGCGAGCGAGAGAGCGGCGGGACGCGACCUCACAGACGUCAAAGGCAAACACGGACACAUCUGCCAGCAGCCGGGGAGGAACCGGUCCAGUCCGGAGCUGAGUCAGAGGUCCCCGAGACCCGGCAGGACCAGGGCGGUGCUGGGGAGUCCUGAGAGCAGCAGGAGGUUCUACCAGCAGGGCGGCGCUGUGGAGCAGAGCAAGGGCAGGUACGGCACUGUGGGGAGCUCAGGCCACCACAGGGGGCGCCAGAGAGCAGCGGGAGAAGAGGCCAGUCCACAGCACACGCUCUACAACGCAGCGCCCUGGUUCGGACCCAUCCCUGGAUGA